UUGCACUGAUAGUCUUCCACUUGCCGUCGGCCACGGACGACACGGUGACUUCGCCGGUAAUCUAGUCGUCUUGUCGCUUCCACGUGGACAGCACUCGACCGGAUUUUCAAACCGCAACAAUAUUCCAAUAACGCAAUAGGAACUUUUACAGAAGAUACAAGCGCAAUAAAGAAACAUAAUAAAAUGGAUAUCGACGACGUUUUGGUGUCCGCGGGGAUGGGCAGGUAUCAAAUAACAAAAUGCAUCUUGUUUGGAUUGGUGCUCAUGUUUUCCAACAUAUCUCCGGUAACAUAUGUCUUCACCGCCGGCGAUUUGAAAUACAGGUGUCAAGUGCCAGGGUGCGAAGACACUUCUGGCAAUACCAAACUUACGUACAACCCGGAAUGGUUGCAGUACUCUACGCCUUUCAGAGAGGAGACGGGCCACCCUUACAAGUGUGAGCGGUACGGCAAGGCAAUGGUUUACGACAAUGGUACGAAAAGCGAUCAGUGUCUUCCGCGAGACUUCAAUCAGACUAUCAUAGAAACAUGCCGCAACGGCGAUUGGGUUUUCGAAGAUCACGAAAUCACCAUCGGCACGGAGUUUGGACUGAUGUGCGAAGACAACAAAUGGAAGUUAUCUAUGGUGGGAACGGUCAACAACUUUGGACAAUUCGUGGGCAUACCACUUUCGGGUAUGAUCGCAGACAAAUUUGGUCGAAAGUUCGGAAUGAUAUUCGGUGCGGUCUCGUCGGCCAUCUUAAGUAUCAUCCAAUCGCUCUCAGUUAGUUACACGAUGUUCCUGGUUCUAGAACUUUUGUCGUCUAUAGUCUCCAGCGGUGUAUACACCAUUACCUUCGUACUGGCCAUGGAAUUGGUAUUGCCCAAGCAAAGGGUAGUAUUCUAUUCUUUACUGGAAACAUUUUAUCCGUUCGGUGGAAUGCUGGUAGCUUUUAUCGCUAGUCAAGUCAAGGACUGGAGGUUACUGUUGCAAAUAUCCAACGUUCCAGGAUUGCUGUUUUUGUUGUACUUCUGGCUAACUGAAGAAUCGAUGAGAUGGUUGGAAAUGCAAGGCAAAAAGGAUAAGGUGAUCAAAAUUCUCCACAACAUAGCGAAAACCAACAAGAAACACUUACCGGAUUUGUCAAACAUGCAGUUGGAGAGCACAAGUUACUUGACCGACGGCGACGGGGUGAAAUCCAAAGCCAGUAUCCUUCGAGACAUAAUCCGCUCACCGAUGAUCUUUCUCAGAACUAUUCGGUGUUCACUAGUUUGGAUUGGCAUAACUCUUGUGUACUACGGUCUGUCGAUCAACGCCACGGACAUUGCCGGCGACAAGUACAUCAACUUCAUGUUGGUCACGUUUGUCGAGGUACCAUCCUGUUUGCUCAACUGGUUCAUAAUGGAAGAAUUGUCCAGGAAAUCGUCGCUGGUGACAAUGUGCUUACUCAGCGGAGUCACCUCUGUGUGUUACAACUUGACGCCGCCAGAUUACAUGUGGGUCAAGUUGUCGAUGUUCAUGAUCAGCAAGCUGGCCAUAUCAGUGGCGUUUUGCAUUGUGUACAUGUUGACCGUAGAAAUAUUCCCCACGCGCAUGCGAGCCACCCUUUUGGCCGUGUGCUCAAUGAUGGGGCGAGUCGGUUCCAUGUUAGCGCCGCAAACCACGCUUUUAGCGGUAUACUUUGGAGAGUAUGUGACCAUGUUAGUGUUCGGAGUGACCGCGUUUUUGGUGGCCGCCAUCACCAUGACUCUGCCGGAGAGUAAAAACAUCAAGCUGCCCAACACGGUCGACCAAGCGGAACAGAUCGGCCACUUCCUCCGUCGGGACAGUAAAACUGAUAACGAAUAGCAGAGCUGGCACCGCUGGAAAAGUGAUAACAACGUGUGUUAUCACCUGGCGUUUUUAACGUGGUGUGCUUGGAAGUGGAUUUCGCGACGUUUGAACAAUCCGUGUACCUACAUAUACCUAUCAAUUUGCUUCUCGAACCUAACUUAAACGGCCACGGCUAUGUUAUUUUGAUGCGUUCAAAAAUAAUAAGUACAUUUUAAAAUAGUAACAGUCGUCACGUAAGUACGUUCGAUUUGAAUCUGACCCAAGGACAGUGGAAACGGAUUACCAUUUUCUUUUUAUUUCCAUCGCUUAAUUAGUUAAUUGUAUAUAUUUACAUUUAUAUACCUAGAUAUUAGAUAAUAAUUACAUUUUAAAGAGUGAUCGGAAAUGUAUGAAGGGGGGUUGUAAAGUGAAGGUCCUUAUUUUCAGUUACUUACCUACCUCACUCUUCGCCUUUUGUUACAUAGUAUAUAACAUUUGUUGACUGUUACUAUAUUUUGAUAAUAAAAAAUAUACAAAACUCUAAAUAGUAUUUUUAAGACCUUAUUCAAUACAUCACAGAAAUAUAUUAUCUAACUAAAAGUAAUUUUUUAAUAGACAAAAAUACAAGUUCGUGUGAAUUUUUUACACAUUGAUAUUAAGACAUUAUCAAUAUUGCGUAGGUGCUAUUCAAAAUUACGUUUACUUUUGAUUUAC